UUCUGGUAGCGAAACGUCAGGAGGCGAAUAGUGCAGCUGUGGCACUGUCAAAGUGACUGCAUAUAUUUACUCAUCGUCGCUCGGCCAAAUUCUAAAUACGAAGUUUUAUUUUCUCGCAAGUUUAGCACGGAACACAAUCUGGCCCCCGAACGGGUUGGUAGCUUGACGCGGGAUUGAUGCGAACCAGUGCAGCACCAUGGGUAUGAAUGUGAGCCGUCAAGCGGAUUUGGCCGAAAACGAGUAUCUGAAGCGGUUUGUUGGCAAAGAGCACAUCCCGGCCUACAACGAUGAGUUCUGGAAUAGUUUCCUGCAGUAUCACAUCAAUCUGCCAACAAAUAGCCAAGAACAGUUAAGUUUGGAUUCACGGCUGGAAUCGCUCUGUCAGAGUUUCAUAAGUCACAAUCUGUCGACCGGCAAUUUCGGAUCGCUUAUUAGCGUAUACUUGAUAAAGGUUUCGGAACUGUUGGCCUUAUCCGAUGCGGAGAGUACCGUUCAUAUCUGGCAUGCGUUCAACGCUCUAUUUAUUAUUCGUUCUUUGGUCAAGUAUAUGAUCGAAACCGGUUCCGAGUACCAGCUGCUGCAGCACUUCGAGGCUAUACCGCUCCCGCAGAACCAUCAUGAGGAACAUGCGGGAAAUAGUGGCGUGGUUGCGCUUAAUAUCGAUCCUAAGGCAGGUGCUGAAACGAGGGCGGCAGUUGCGAAGCUAAUCGAUGGAACUAAGUUCGAGACCUUCCUCGAAGCUCUGGUCAACAUUAUCGUUGUGAUACCGGUGAAAGAAUUCACAUAUCAUCUCCAUCUGGAAGCGGUGAAUUGUUUGAUCGUUCUGCUGUCCAUCAGCCAGUUUUCCCAGCAAGGCACAGAUAAAUCAACAAUUUUUAGGACGAUAUACAAAUGCCAACACGCCAACACACUGAUGGGCGCAUUGCUACAUUUUUUAAGCCGAAUGACGCAAGUUCCAUCCACGAUGUUCGGCUUCGGUAGUGGCGGCUCGUUUGUGUUCGGAAUAGCGGAAUCACUGUGGUCCAUUCUGACGUUUUCUCGAAAGCAGCCGGACAUUUUGUCCACCCACGACUUGCCAACUGCAUUUAAGGACUACUAUCCACUGGCCAACCAGAGUCUGCUGUUGAUUUUAAUACUGACCAAUCAUUGCACAACCAAGGAGAACCCGUACCGGGUUAGCCUCUUCGGAUGCUCGGACUCGCAGGAAUCCCCAAAGGAAGAUGUGGCCACAUUCAAAAUCGAGUUUUCUUCCCUAUACAACACGCUGUGCAGGAUUGUAACGAUCGAUCAGGCAACGCUACUGCUCUACUUGUUGCUGCAUCGGAAUCAAAAGUUCUACAAGUAUGUGAUGGCUCAGCAGAAUUUGCAGCAAUUGGUGAUACCGAUUCUUCAAACGCUUUACAAUGCCCCAGAUAGUACAUCUCAUCACAUAUACAUGUCUCUGAUCGUGCUCCUGAUUCUGAGUGAAGAUGAUAACUUCAACAAGAGUGUCCAUCAAAUCAUCCUGAAGAACAUCACCUGGUACACGGAACGAUCGAUCAGCGAGAUUUCGCUCGGCGGCCUGCUCAUUCUGGUCGUCAUACGAACCAUCCAGUACAACAUGCUGAAAAUGCGGGACAAAUAUCUGCACACCAACUGUCUGGCCGCUCUGGCCAACAUGUCGGGUCAAUUCCGCUCACUCCAUCCGUAUGUAGCCCAACGGCUAGUUAGCUUGUUUGAAACGCUCGCUAAAAAGCACGCCCGACUCGACCAGCAGCUAAAGCAAACCGUCAAUGGGAAUGCUUCCAACGUCACCGUACCCAUUGCGGUUCCCUCGUCGGAGGAUAUGUUGCAGGAUCUGUCGGUGCUAGAGGAAGUGCUCCGGAUGGUGCUGGAAAUUUUGAACUCAUGCCUAUCGCACCAGCUCGUAUACUGUCCGAAUCUAGUGUACACGUUGCUGUACAAGCGCAACGUUUUCGAGGCCUUCCGUAGUCAUUCGGCGUUUCAGGAUAUAAUACAGAAUAUCGAUAUGGUUGUAGGAUUUUUCUCUUCCAGACUAGUGCGUGUACAAGAUCAGCGGGGAGAACUCGGAGUGAAUGAGGUUUUAGAAGUUAUAUCAAAGGGAGCCAGUCAGUGGUCUAGUGAUCGAUUAAGGAAAUUUCCCGACCUGAAAUUCAAGUAUGUGGAGGAGGAUGCCCCGGAGGAGUUCUUCAUCCCAUACGUCUGGACGCUGGUAUGCAAAGCUGGCUGUGUUCAUUUCAGUUCCGAAUCAAUCAAGGGAGUAACGACGGAGAUCAGUUGUUAACUAGGUGUGCCUCACCUCUCCCCUCUAAUCGAGUGUAAUAUAUGGAGUAGUUUUUCCAUACACGUUUUCUUCCUUCUUGUCUCAAGGAAAUGGUUGCAAUAACAGUUUCAAACUUGUGCCGACACUCAUUUAGACAUAUGUCCAACUCAAACAAUAGGCCAGCUCUACAAACAAAUGCAAUCAAGUUUCAUAUGGAUUAUUGAGAAACACUGAUCGGGAAUUUGUAGUAUUUAAGGCAGACCAAUCUUAGCAUUCCUUGGGCAGCAGAAAUUGGUAGCAGUGGGGAAUUUCCGAACAUCCGACACUUAAACCUAACGCCUCCGAACUUAGCUUUUUGACAUGAUGUUCCGCGGCUUCCCAACACCUUUCUGUACAUAAACAACUGUCCUUUUUAUAAUUUUAUUUUUCUUUAUCAUUUACAACGUUUCUGCGUUCACAAGAUUAUUUAUUGCCCAUAAGAGAGUAGUAUCGAUUCUGUUUGUUCUGUGUGUAGCAAUUGAUUUUUCGAUGUUAGAAUAGUUCGGUUUAUUUUGCGAAUUGUGACAGCAAAGCAGCAAACAAAGAAUCAAUAAAGCAGGAACCGUUUUAAUGUGUAGAAGGCAUGUAUCAUAUAGCGGAUGAGUUAGAGAAUCUUCGGAGUUACAGUUAUUGAGCAGCUUUCAAAUUGGCAUACGUUGAAGGUUGAUUUGUAUAAAGUUCGAAGCAGUUAGUCACACUUAACAAUUAUUGAAAGAAAAAGAACAACAAAUGAUAUACAAAGUUUACUAA